CUGGACAGAGCUCGCAUCACGUGAGGCGGAGGAGUCAAAUCCUACUCAAGUCACGUGUACAUGAGCGGUAAAGGUCGACCCAUGCGCUAAGACGCUGCUUGCGCCGAGAAACACAAGCACUGCCCAACAAAGCCACGUUACCAGCUCUUUGGUUACGACAACCUUUUAUUCAAUCCACUAUCGUCUUGUUUAAAGUCUAUCUUCAUUGACUUUAUCGUAAUAUAUAAUGAGUCGGCAGCAGGAGCAGAGUGGACGCGAGGCAGAUAUGGAGGCUAUCGACCUAACUCUCUCAUCGCCAGAACCUGAAUCAAGACGGCAAAGCCGUGUCAAUGUAUACAUGCAGCAGCAACCGCAGCAGUCUGCAAGGCCUUUAAAAGAAGAGCCAAGAAGUUCGCAUCGAGGCAUGCACAGUAGUAACGAGCCUGGUCAACGCCAGGGUUCUUCGCGGAGUAGGAAUAUCCCGCAGCAGCCGCCGCGACGUAUCAACCCGCAGCAUGUCAAGCAGAUAAUUGACACCAGUAGCCAUCGCGCACUACGAAGUGUUGUGCUGCAGCUGUGCAAAACAUCCCCAGCGCUGUCUGGCGCGCUUGUGCGGGGCCUUGCGCCUCACUCACCAUGGGCGCAGGCGUUGGUGCGCGGACGACAGGCCAAGUCGCAUACUCAGACCCAGUCCACAGUCAAGACUGAGCCUAGGAUCAUCGAACCCCGUGUUCACCAGCCUACGAAUAGGCAGAAUGGACCCAGCAGCAGCUCGCACGGCUCAGCGUCACAGCUUCGCAGCAAUCGCCCACCUGAUACAACCGAAAAUAGAGAUGCUCUUCGCUUGCCGCGCAGCACACAGAAACCUCCACCUGUGAAGCAUGAGCAUCGGUCUAGUCCCACAGACUCUGAUGAUAGCACCAACAUUGUCGACUUUCCGGCAAUCGAACGAGAUGCGCGAAGGCAGGAGCUGAGCCAUCAUACGACAGCUCAUAGCAGCUCCAUACAUCGUCCAGCCGCUAGCAGCACUACUGCAAGAUCCGCUAAUCGCCCACACUCGACGCAAGAACACGCGGCCAAUCUGAAGCAAAAGUUGUGUUUGCAGUGUGGCGAACUCUUCAAAGAACAUGACAUAGACUACUGCUACUUCCAUUCUGGCCAUGAAGCGCCGUCGAGGCUUGACCAGAUUCCUCAAUUCACAUGCUGCAAUAGAUUUGUUGGAGAACCUGGUUGCAAGACUGGUCGGCAUAUAAGCGAACGAAAUGGAGGUUCCAGGAACGCCAAACGCCCGUCGCCGUCAUCUUAUAGCGGCUCGCAAUGGUCGAAGAAGUACAGAAAUCAGUGAAACGAAUCUGUGCGACUCUGCGCGACUCU